AGUUGAAAUAGCAAAUUAAUGUUAUUGCUCUUGUUAAAGUAAUUGACAACUAUUAGCUGCAUUAAUACCUAUAAAAAUAAUAUUUUCGGAAGUGAACAAUUUCGUUACCCUCUGUAAAAUAACACAUUUUCUUCAAAAAAUAAUGACACCUCUAAUUUAUCUAUUGUAAGGAAAUUUUAUUUAAGUGAAAAUGUCAGCGUCAAUCGAUAUAAAUAAAAAAGAAGGCAUUUUCAACAAAUCGGUGGUCGAGAUGGCUGCGAAUGAGGGGUUGGAAGAAGGCGAAGAAUUUGUGUACAGGAUCAGCACCGCCGAGGAAUGGGAGGAGCUGCAGCGGAGCGGCGCUACUUUCGGUGGAAAUCUCGAUCAAUCAACUGGCUGUUUUCAUCUCAGCAAGCUCGAUCAGGUCCAAUCGACUCUGCAAAACUUUUUUUUGAAUGUUAAGGAGGAUCUAUACCUACUCAAAAUAAAUGCUAAAAAGCUUGGAAAUGGUUUGAUCUACGAAGCUGUGGAUGAGUCCAAUACGUUUCCUCAUUUCUAUGGUCCAUCCCGGAGUUUCAGUCCUCUUCCACUAGACGUCGUUACACAAGCAGAGAAGCUGACCCUGUCUGAUGGCAAAUUCAAAUGCAGCCUUCUGACUUAGAAAAUCAAGUUUUAGUCGGCACACUGUAAUGCUUAUCUACGCCGUUGCUCUGUUCAAUACCCAUUAGAAAACACAUUCUCUGAAGAAAUAUUAUCUUUUGCAUUUUUAUGCAUAAUUUGUGCUAGAGAAGGAUGAUAUUCCCUAAUGUAAGUUUCAAAGUACGUGUAUCUCUGCCUAUUGUUAUGAAAAUAUUGCCCUUGCCUUUU